CCGGCGCCGGCGCCGGCGCGGACGCGGAGGCGGAGGUGGAGGCGGAGGCGUGCUGUCGGUGUUUGACCAUUUGCCGGUGCGUGUGAAGAAAAAGGAGUCUGGAGUCGCAGCUGCCGAAAUGUUCCGGUGUGGAGGCCUCGCAGUAGGUGCUUUCAAGCAGAAACUGGUGCCCUCGGUGCGGACGGUGUACGUCCGAAGCCCGAGGUUGAGGAACCGUCUCCCAGGCAACUUGUUCCAGCAAUGGCGGUUUCCACUAGAACUCCAGAUGACAAGAGAAAUGGCUAGCUCUGGUCCCUCAGGGGGAAAAAUGGAUAAUUCUGUGUUAGUCCUUAUUGUGGGCUUAUCAGCAAUAGGAGCGGGUGCAUAUGCCUACAAGACUAUAAAAGAUAACCAAAAAAGAUACAAUGAAAGAAUAUCAGGGUUUGGGCUGACACCAGAAGAAAAACAAAGAAGAGCCAAAUCAUCUACUGAAGGAGAACCAGUUUCUCAAGUAAGGCCACCAAGUCAUGUUCCUUUCUUGAUAAUUGGUGGAGGCACUGCUGCUUUUGCUGCAGCCAGAUCCAUCCGGGCUCGGGAUCCUGGAGCCAGGGUAUUAAUUGUAUCUGAAGAUCCUGAAUUGCCAUACAUGCGACCUCCUCUUUCAAAAGAGCUGUGGUUUUCAGAUGAUCCAAAUGUCACAAAAACACUGCGAUUCAGACAAUGGAAUGGAAAAGAAAGAAGCAUAUAUUUCCAGCCACCUUCUUUCUAUGUCUCUGCUCAGGACCUGCCUCACGUUGAGAAUGGUGGUGUGGCUGUCCUCACUGGGAAAAAGGUAGUACAACUUGAUGUGAGAGGCAACAUGGUGAAACUUAAUGAUGGCUGUCAGAUAACCUAUGAAAAGUGCUUGAUUGCAACAGGAGGUACUCCAAGAAAUCUGUCUGCUAUUGAUAGGGCUGGAGCAGAGGUGAAAAGCAGAACGACACUUUUCAGAAAGGUUGGAGACUUUAGAACCUUGGAGAAGAUCUCCCGAGAAGUCAAGUCGAUUACAGUUAUUGGUGGGGGCUUCCUUGGAAGUGAACUGGCCUGUGCUCUUGGCAGAAAGGCUCGAGCCUUGGGAACAGAAGUGAUUCAGCUCUUCCCAGAGAAGGGAAACAUGGGGAAGAUCCUCCCUGAAUAUCUUAGCAACUGGACCAUGGAAAAAGUCAGACAAGAGGGAGUGAAGGUGAUACCCAAUGCAAUUGUGCAAUCAGUUGGAGUUAGUGGUGGCAAGUUACUCAUCAAGCUGAAAGAUGGCAGGAAGGUAGAAACUGACCACAUAGUGGCAGCUGUGGGCCUGGAGCCCAAUGUUGAGUUGGCCAAGACUGGUGGACUGGAAAUAGACUCAGAUUUUGGUGGCUUCCGGGUAAAUGCAGAGCUACAAGCACGCUCUAAUAUCUGGGUGGCAGGGGAUGCUGCCUGCUUCUAUGAUAUAAAGUUGGGUAGGAGGCGAGUGGAACACCAUGAUCACGCUGUUGUGAGCGGAAGACUGGCUGGAGAAAACAUGACUGGAGCUGCUAAGCCAUACUGGCAUCAGUCAAUGUUCUGGAGUGAUUUGGGUCCUGAUGUUGGCUAUGAAGCUAUUGGUCUUGUGGACAGUAGUUUGCCCACUGUCGGUGUUUUUGCAAAAGCAACUGCACAAGAUAACCCAAAAUCUGCCACAGAGAAAUCAGGUACCGGUAUCCGCUCCGAGAGUGAGACAGAAUCCGAAGCUUCCGAAAUCACUAUUCCUGCCAGCACCCCUACAGUUCCACAGGCACCUGCCCAAGGGGAGGACUAUGGCAAAGGCGUCAUCUUCUACCUCAGGGAUAAAGUGGUGGUUGGGAUCGUGCUAUGGAACAUCUUUAACCGAAUGCCAAUUGCAAGGAAGAUCAUUAAGGAUGGUGAGCGACAUGAAGAUCUCAAUGAAGUAGCCAAACUCUUCAACAUUCAUGAAGAUUGAAACCUACAGUGGGACAGAAAAGCACUUCUUUCCUCCCUGGCUGCAUAUUGGAUGGAAACUGGAGCAUUUUUUCUAUUCAACGAACUUUCUCUUUGUUGUAUGAAUGCGAAUGAUUGAGUCUUUAUGCAUUUUUUCAGCCACAUGGGCAAAUUCCUAAUGUUCACAUCACAAAAUAAAAUCUGAUUCUUCUAAA